UUGUGCACUAGUCGGCAAUGCGCUCCGCUGAUCGAAUCUUUAACCCGUCACGUGGUCCAAGUCGCGCGGAUAUCACACCAUGGACGUUUCAAGGAUGAUUUACGCGAUUCAUACAAUCUAACAAUAAUCACAUUUGGAGGUCAUAUUCUAAAAACAAAAAAAUGUUUUGGAUCUCAGUUGUUCUUUUGUUCGCAUUAAACGGGUGUUAUGGAUAUCAGCCAAAAUUCACCGAACCCAUUGGCAACAUCACCGUGCCGGUCGGCCGAGAAGCUAUGUUUACGUGUUACGUUCACAGCUUAGGUGGUUAUAGGGUUGGCUGGGUGAAAGCCGAUACAAAAGCCAUUCAAGCUAUACACGACCACGUGAUUACACACAAUGCUAGAGUAUCCGUUUCUCAUACAGAUGAUUCAACGUGGAAUUUACAUAUAAAAAAUGUACAAGAAGAAGAUCGUGGUCAAUAUAUGUGUCAAAUAAAUACUGAUCCGAUGAUAAGUCAAAUGGGAUAUUUGGAUGUAGUGAUACCUCCCGAUAUUAUUUAUGAAGACACUUCAGGAGAUGUAAUGGUACCUGAAGGAGGAACUGUGAAGUUAACAUGCAGAGCCAAAGGCUACCCGAAACCACACGUCUUGUGGAGAAGAGAAGACGGACGAGAAAUAGUUAUCAAAGACGCAAGUAGCACUAAAACUAAAGUUCAUCCAGUAAUUUCUUCGCCUAGUCAAUUGGUCGGCGCUCCAAAAGGCACCGAAGUCAAGUUAGAAUGUAAUGUCGAAGCAUUCCCAAAAUCYAUAAAUUACUGGGUUCGAGAAAGUGAGAUCCGAGGUUUGGACGAGAAUGAAGAGGACGAUAUCGGUGAUCUGUCAGACCUCUAUUCGGAAUCAUACACGGAGACCCACCAUGUCUAUGGUGCUGGUGGUGGUGGUGGAAGCGGUGGAAUUGGCGGAAAUGGAGUAGGUGACUACAGGAACCGGACAAAGCACAGACACCACAUGGAUGCGUAUCCACCCACACCCAGCCCAAGUGCAUCCACCCGAUUUGUUCCACCGUUCUAUCGGACUUUUGAGUACCUCUGACACGUGGUUCUCGCCUGGUAAGCGCGUGAUGAGCGACUACCAGACGAGCGUGGUGCACGUGGUUCUUCCUAACCAGCGUYCAUCGACACUGAUACGAAUAAGCCGCAAGUACACUUUACAAUUGCGUUGGUGUCACCGAUCAGGAUCAACGAGAUCGCGAUAAUAAUAAAAUAUAUAAUAUUAUAAUAAAUAAUAAAACUUUAAAAAUUAUUAUUAUUUUUAGACCCACAUUUUGCAUCUGUCAGAUUCGCGUUAAAUCUUCCGCCUUACUACCUUGUACCUAUUUUAUACCGACUUUCCUACUAGAUUUCCUACCGAUUUUCCAUUAACGAAACUUAGACCWCUACCAGCAGAAAUGUGGCACUGUGCAAGACUAGACUGUUUAAAAAUUUAAGCUCUCAAUUUCGAGAAAACAAAACCGUGAAAUCUUGCAAUAUUUUGAUUCUAAAUAAAUUUGUAUACGAAGUGUGCUUAAAAUAUAUCAAGACAAAACCUAGAUUUACCUAGUUAUAUAAGAUGUAUGCUACUGUCGGCUAAUUAUUUAUAUCGAAAUAAUUAAGACAUGAUUGUGUGUGUGAGUUUAUAAAUAAUUAAAAUCAAUUUCUCAAACCGGCCCUUAGACGUAUUGCACAAAACGCGAUUUUCAGAACAAAUUAUACAACAAUAUAAUAAUUAAACGAUACAC